UGAGCUCCGAAAACUCGCGACGACAAAUGUCUCUGGAAUCGAUCGUUACUCAUCGUCGCGUUGGUAUCCGUGACACCGCAGAGGAAAAAGCGAACAUGGCGGAUAUGAAACAUUUGAACCGAUAAGAGUUGACUGUCGCAAAAAUGCAACCGACAGGUGUGACGCUGUUGCAUUGUCAAAAGUGUGUUAUAAAAAAUUGAUCUUCACGAAUUAUUUGAUCGGUUCGCGACAAUCGUUGUUAUUCAAUUAUUACUGCCGUCUACUACGAGACUAUUCCCGCAGAUAGCACAUCAUGUCAAAAUUACCACGUAUAACCAAAUCCUUACGGAUGUCUACUUGCCUGGAAGGUAGAGAAUUUGUUUUUAAACCGAAUGAUAUAAUAAGGAAAAGACAAGAGCGAGCAGAAAAACAAGAAAGCAAACUUGAUUGGUGUGAAAUAUGCAAUAAUGCAUCUAAGGAUCUUGGGAUAUUACUUCAGAAGCUGAAGAAACUUGCAGAACAAGUUUUAGAGGAUAUUUCACCAGAUGCUUCAAAUGAGUUUACAGUUUAUGUAUUAUGUUUAUUAAUUGAGGAUGAGAAAUUAACUCGGAAGAAAUAUGAGAUGCUCAAUCAAAAAGCGGGAUAUGUAGAAUUUAAUGAUGCACAUGAAAUGAUGGAGCUAGUGGCAGAGAUUCGGUCAAAUUAUUAUGAUGAAAUCAUACAAUUGUUAUCGGAAACCAAAGAGAAUGCGGAUGCAGAAACUCCUAGUUUACACGGUUUUGGUGCAGAUAUCCCUUACAAUCCGACAAGAGUCGUAUGGCCCGAUACUAGUAUACUUCACAAUAUGUCCACGGAAGGAAUAAAUUCAACCACCGAUAAGUUUACCAUGAAGCUAUACGGAGCAGGAUCUUCAGUGCAGAAGAAAUCUGUAUUCGACAAAGCAAAAUUUAUGAAAGGAUUAACGAAUUGCUUUAAAAUCUGUGGUAAGGGAUCGUCAUUCUCGGAGUUUAAAACAGCAAUAGUAGAAAAGCUGAGGGAUUCUCAGGAUGCAGCCUUACAAACUGAGUUAUUCGAUAUGUUGGGUUGCAAUCACUUGGAAUUUAUAGAAUACAUAAUCGAACAUCAGCAGGCGAUCGUAUCGGCGCAUUCAUGUCAAAAGAUAGUUUCAAGGCCACAGAAACCUGCACAGGGGCCUAUAAUCAGCGGUCAAGUGACCGUACAGUCCGAGAAGGAGAAGAUGCUAAACAAGCAAGUGCGUAAGGAGGAAAAGAAAUUGAAUAAAAUGUCGAAUAAGCGGGACGUUAAAGCGGACAUCGAGAAAAGCGAAUUAGACUCGGCCGAGUUGCGAUUUAAAAAACAAGAGGCGUUUGUUAGUAGGAACACGCCCUUAUUUCCUAAGAAGUUUAUCCCGGAGAAAAACUCGAAUUAUCCGUUUGUUUUCGAUUGCAAAGCGAACAAGCAUGCAAGUAUCGUGUCGGGACAGAAAUUAUUGUUGGCCGAAGACGUUACGAGGAAGAACAGUAACCUUUGCGAGGAAGUGCACAUACCGAUCUCCGAGAGAGAACCUAUCAACGUGAAAGUGGACUUCGUGUCGAUAUCUUCUCUGGACAAGAUCGGCCAGAUCGCUUUCAAUGGCAUGAAGUCGUUAAAUCAGAUACAGAGUAUAGUAUUUAAGCCAGCGUAUGAGACUAACGAGAAUCUACUGGUCUGUGCGCCGACCGGUGCGGGUAAGACGAACGUGGCGAUGUUGACCAUAGUGCACCAGCUGAAGCAGAACAUUCAAGACGGACAACUGCAAACGGACCAGUUCAAGAUCAUUUAUGUCGCGCCCAUGAAGGCACUGGCAGCGGAGAUGACGGCCAACUUCAACAAGAGACUCAGCGCCCUGGGCGUCAAGGUUCGCGAGUACACCGGCGACAUGCAGCUGACGAAGCAGGAGAUCCAGCAGACUCAGAUGAUAGUGACCACGCCGGAGAAAUGGGACGUCGUCACGAGGAAAGGCAAGGGCGACGUGUCCCUCAGCAGUAUCGUGAAACUGUUAAUCAUCGACGAGGUGCAUCUGCUGCACGGUGACAGAGGACCCGUGGUGGAGGCGUUGGUCGCGCGGACCCUGCGACAGGUGGAAUCGACGCAGAGCAUGAUCCGGAUAGUCGGGUUGUCCGCGACACUGCCGAACUACGUGGACGUGGCGCGAUUCCUGCGCGUCAAUCCGUACAAGGGGCUCUUCUAUUUCGACCAUCGUUUCCGACCGGUGCCGUUGAGCCAGACGUUCGUCGGCGUCAAAGCCAUCAAGCCGCUGCAAAUGAUAAACGACAUGGAUCUCGUGUGCUACAAUCACGUGAUGGAUAUGGUGCGACAGGGCCACCAGGUGAUGGUGUUCGUGCACGCGCGGAACGCCACGGUGAAAACGGCCCUGGCGUUGAAGGAGCUAGCCACGAGGAACGAAACGCUCAAGUACUUCCUGUCGGAGAGCCAAGCGAAGCACAUGAAUAAGGCGUUCGCGUCGUCGCGCAACAAGCAUCUCGGCGAGCUCUUCAACAGCGGCUUCUCCGUGCACCACGCCGGCAUGACGCGCACCGACCGCAACCUGGUGGAGAAGUACUUCGCCGACGGUCUGAUCAAGGUGCUGGUCUGCACCGCCACAUUGGCGUGGGGCGUCAACCUGCCGGCGCACGCCGUCAUCAUACGCGGCACCGAGAUCUACGACGCGAAGCACGGCUCGUUCGUGGAUCUGGGUAUAUUGGACGUGCUGCAGAUCUUCGGCCGCGCCGGUAGACCGCAGUUCGACACGUCCGGACACGCGGUCAUCAUCACGACGCACAACAAGCUGUCGCAUUACCUGUCGUUGCUGACGAAUCAGAUACCGAUCGAGAGCAGCUUCGUCACGUACUUGGCCGACAAUCUGAACGCCGAGGUGACGUUAGGCACGAUAUCGAACGUGGAGGAGGCGGUUGAGUGGCUCAGCUACACCUACCUGUUCGUACGGAUGAAGCUGAACUAUCAGGUGUACGGUAUACUGUACCAGACCCUCGUGGAAGAUCCGAAUCUCGAGAAAACUCGGAAGGAGCUCGUGGUUCACGCGGCCAAAGCGUUGGACAAGGCGCAGAUGAUCAGGUACGACGAGCGCACCGGUGACUUGAGCGCCACCGACCUCGGCCGUAUCGCGAGCCACUAUUAUCUCAAGUACGACACGGUGGAGAUCUUCAAUCAGAUGCAGAAACCCAUGAUGACCGAGGCGGAGAUCCUGGAGAUGAUAUCGCACGCGCAGGAGUUCCAGCAGCUCAAGGUGCGCGACGACGAAGUGGAAGAGUUGGAUCAGCUGUUCGACGAUUGCAAGGUCGUGGCGAAGGGCGGGGUCGAGAACAUCUACGGCAAAGUGAACAUAUUGCUGCAAACGUAUCUGUCGAGAGGCCGAGUGAACGCCUCGUCCCUGAUAUCCGAUCAGGCGUACGUGACGCAGAACGCGACGAGAAUAGUACGGGCCCUGUUCGAGGUGAUGCUGCGCAAGAACAACGCGAUAAUGGCCGGACGGCUGCUGACGAUGGCGAAGAUGUUCGAGGCGCAGCAGUGGGACUACAUGACGCCGCUGCGUCAAUUCAGCUGCCUGUCCGCGGAGAUCAUCUACAAGAUCGAGCGACGGGAGCUGCCGAUUCAUCGGCUGAAGGAGAUGGCUACGCAGGAGAUCGGCGUCAUCCUGCGAGAUCAACGAAUGGCGCUUCUGGUGAAGAAGUGCUGCCUCCAGUUGCCGAAGGUCGACGUGAUGUUCAAUCUGCAGCCCAUCACGCGCACCGUGCUGCGACUGCGGCUGACGCUGAUCCCGGAGUUCAGCUGGAACGACCACGCGCACGGCAAGAACUCGCAGCUUUUCUGCAUAUGGAUCGAGGACCCGGACAGCAACUUUAUCUACCAUUACGAGGACUUCCUCCUGACGAGGAAGGCGGUCGUUCAGAAGAUCGAGCAGGAGCUCGUCAUCACCAUACCGUUGUCCGAGCCGUUGCCGGCUCAGUAUUUAAUUAAAGUGUCGAGCGCGUAUUGGCUCGGCUGCGACGACACGUUCCCGGUGAGCUUUCACGAUCUCAUCCUACCGGAGACUCAUCCGCCUCACACGGACCUGCUGGAGCUGCAACCGUUGCCGACGAGCGCUCUGAAGGAUCCCUCUUACGAGGAGCUUUACACAUUCUCCCACUUCAACCCCAUACAGACUCAGAUAUUCCAUUGCCUCUAUCACACGGACAGCAACGUGCUGCUCGGCGCACCGACCGGCUCGGGGAAGACGAUCGCUGCGGAGAUCGCGAUGUUCCGGGUUUUCAAGCGGUAUCCCGGUAAGAAGGUCGUCUACAUAGCGCCGUUGAAGGCUCUGGUGCGGGAGCGUAUAAACGACUGGAAGGUGCGACUGGAGGAGCGGCUGGGUAAAAAAGUGGUGGAGCUGACGGGCGACGUGUCGCCCGACAUAAAGAUGAUAAUCGAGGCGCAAGUGAUCGUCACCACGCCCGAGAAGUGGGACGGCAUCAGCAGGAGCUGGCAGACGAGGAGCUACGUGCGGGAAGUGGCGCUCAUAGUGAUCGACGAGAUUCACCUUCUGGGCGAAGAUCGCGGACCGGUGCUGGAGGUCAUAGUAUCCCGUACGAAUUUCAUAUCAUCGCACACCCAAGACAAGGUCAGGAUCGUCGGUCUGUCGACCGCACUGGCGAACGCGGUGGACCUGGCCAACUGGCUCAAUAUCAAGGACAUGGGCCUCUACAAUUUCCGUCCUUCCGUCCGGCCCGUGCCGCUGGAGGUACAUAUCAGCGGAUUCCCCGGCAAGCAGUACUGCCCCCGCAUGGCGACCAUGAACAGACCGACCUUCCAAGCGAUCAGACAUCACGCACCGUCCAGUCCCUCUCUCGUCUUCGUGUCCUCCCGACGACAGACGCGCCUGACCGCGUUGGACCUGAUAGCUUACCUCGCGGCGGAAGAUAAUCCCAAGCAAUGGCUGCACAUGCCUGAGGAACAAAUGGCCGACAUCCUGGAGAACGUGAAGGACACCAACUUGAAGCUCACACUCGCCUUCGGCAUCGGCCUUCAUCACGCGGGUCUGCAAGACCGGGAUAGGAAGACCGUGGAGGAAUUAUUCGUCAAUAGUAAGAUACAGGUAUUAAUCACCACGGCCACCUUGGCCUGGGGCGUGAACUUCCCCGCUCAUCUGGUGGUGAUCAAGGGCACGGAGUAUUACGACGGCAAACUGCAACGUUACGUGGACAUGCCGAUCACCGACGUGCUCCAGAUGAUGGGUCGCGCCGGCAGGCCGCAGUACGACAACUCCGGGGUGGCGGUCGUUCUCGUGCAGGACACAAAGAAGAGCUUUUACAAGAAGUUCCUGUACGAGCCGUUCCCCGUGGAGUCCAGCCUGAUGGACGUGUUGCCCGAUCACAUUAACGCGGAGAUUGUCGCUGGUACUAUGAAAAACGAACAGGAGUUUCUGGAUUACCUCACGUGGACGUACUAUUUCCGGAGAUUGAUGAAGAAUCCCAAGUAUUACGACUUGGACAUUCUGGAGCCUCAGUGUAUCAACGAGUACCUCUCGAAGCUGGUGAAAAGCACCCUGCGCUCGCUCAUGGAUUCGCAUUGUAUCGAUUACGACACGGACGAGCGAACCUUGUUCUCACUCCCGAUAGGGAAGAUAGCGUCGUUCUAUUAUCUAUCGCACCACACGAUGCUGAUGUUCACGCAAUCGCUGAACGACAAACUUACGCUGGACCAAUGCCUACGAAUACUCUGCAACUCGCACGAGUACAACGAACUGCCGGUGCGGCACAACGAAGAACUGUUGAACGAGGAACUGGCGAAGCUCUGCCGUUACCCCGUGGAUCAGUGCACCUACGAUUCCCCGCACACGAAAGCAUUUCUCUUGCUGCAAUCGCACUUCUCGAGGCUGCCUCCACCGUGCAGCGAUUACAUCACCGAUUUGAAAUCCGUGCUCGAUCAAGCGAUCAGGAUACUGCAGGCGAUGGUCGACACGGUCGCGGAACGUGGCUGGUUAACCAGUACGAUCACGACGAUGUACUUGUUUCAAAUGAUCGUGCAGGCACGUUGGAUAGACGAGUCCGCGAUCACGACGUUACCGCAUGUGAAGCCGACAGAUUUACAACUGUUCUCGUCGUUGUCAACGGCGCUCCCAAUGUUGUGUCAUAUUGUGACGCGCGACAAUUGCGACAAGCUCGCGACAGUUUUAUGCGCGGAAUACACGUUGAAUCAGAUACGGGAGAUAUACCGAGCGAUUAGAGACAUGCCGGUAAUAUCCGUUGACCUAACGCUGGAAAGUAUGACGCACAACGAAGUGUCGAGGCAGAAAAUCAAGUUCAAGCGUAAUAACGAUGAACCCAUUGAUGUUCGGAAGGAUGAGUAUUACACAUUGAUCGUCGGGCUCAGGAGAAACAAUCAUUCCAAGACCUUGAAGGCGAACUCUCCGAUGUUCUUGAAGGGAAAAGACGAAGGUUGGUUCCUUGUGUUAGGUGAAAUUGUCAAUAAAGAGCUGUUAGCGUUGAAGAGGGUGUCCGGUGUGAACGAUCAACAGAGAUAUCACCAGUUGCAAUUUCAUGUGCCUAAUCGAUUAGGAUCGAUGAAGCUGACGUUCUACUUGAUUUCCGACUGUUACAUGGGACUGGAUCAGCAGUACGAUAUUUUUUUAAAUGUGACGUCCUCGUUCAGAACACCAGCACAAGACUGAACAAAUAGGUGAUAUUGUGUUCAAUUAUUGCAAAUCUUUCUAUCGACAAUAAUACGUGGAAUAAUGGCAAGGAACGAUGCGGGGUACGAGUGCUUCUUAUUGGGGGUAUAUGUUAAACAAGUUAUUAGUGGAUAACGGAGGAAUCAAAUCAGCGAGAGAUUUGCUAUAAUUGCAUACGAAUGUAUUGUUACAGGAUGUUUAUCGCAAGAUGUACAGAGACUUGUAUAUUUUUAUGUGAUGUAAUUUUAUUACACGUCUAUGUAUUAUGAAACAAUGUACGUAUGGAUUACUCUACGAUUCUUUUCAUAUAAAUAUAAACCUUAUUAUCUCGGAAUAUAUAAAGAUAGAAAAAGCAAUAUGUGCAGGAUCAGUGUACAAUUCCAUAUGAUCUUUUCCUUUUUUUUCCCGUUUUUAGGAAAUAAAAGUCACGGAUUACUUCUCUGCGAAAUGCAAAUUGCUUACUGCAUGCCAUUCGUUUCGUACCUUGAUUUGUUCAUAGCAAGUUAAAAUUCCUUUAAAAAAAAAAUAACUCAAGAGAUAAUUGAUUAUUUGAGGUAUGCAGAAUAAUGUUUUUAAGUAAUGUAACGAGAAAAUAAACACGUUCUUAAAAAUUUAUAGACUCAUUGUGUAUACAUUUCAAUAAUAUAUAUACUGACCCCAUUUUUUUCAGACUUACACCAUAUAAUAAUACAAUAUUCGAAUUAUUCGGUUUAGUUUCCUAUGCUUAGGUAACAAUAGAUUAUAGGAUAGGAAGGAUAUGAGAUCAUUCCAUUGCUUUGUAUGAAAAGAAAAAAAAAAA